AUGGAGGCAAGGACAUUAGCCAGGCCAGCAACCACGCUGGCCAGCCUCCUCCGCUCCCAGACCUCCGUCACCCUCGCCGCUGUGCCCCGAAGAGGCCACAAGACGACCACCCGCACAAAGAAGGCCCUCAACAUCGGGCCCCAUCCCGACUUCCUCCCUUCCUCGUCAGGCGAUGCCAUCAUCGUCAACCCGCCCUCCGCCGCGCCCUCCGUCUUCCACACCCCUUUCAAGUUCCUGCCCUCAACCGAUCCCCGCCGCAGGGCGAACCUCUCGUCGCUCUUCGCCAACGCCUCGUCGUCCUCCAAGGCCGCCGCGGCGCCGAAGCUCCCUCCCGCCCUCAACGUGCCCUCCCGCGGCGCCAACCCCCGUUACCACCUCACCCGUGACGACGUCGCCGAAAUCCGCCGCCUCCGCGCAGAGGACCCCGUCCAGUGGAGCGUCGGCGCCCUCGCCCGCAAGUUCGACUGCUCCGAGACCUUCAUCACCAUCUGCACGCCCGCGCCCCGCGAGCACAAGGAGCGCAUCGCCCGCAAGCUCGAGGCCGUCAAGGGCCGCUGGGGUUCUAUCCGCACCAAGGCCCGCGAGGACCGCACCCGUCGCAAGGAGAUGCUCUUCCGCGGCGAGUUGUAA